UUCCAGGUAUACUUAUGCUGUGGCACACUGUUAUAAAUCAUAGCUGGUAGGUUUCCGUCUGUUAUUCAUGGCAAGUGACGAAGAGUUGAGUAGCACAGAUUCUGGAAAGCCUAACAUUGAGAAAGCUCGCCUUGGCCCUCCCGAUCGUUGGCUUUAUUGUCCACCAUUGGGCUCGGUUAUUGCAAAGCAUUUCUUGCCUUUCAAAACUCCUCUUUGCAAACUGUAUGAUGAACAAAUUGAGAAGAAGUGGCAAUUUCAUCCACGUGAUGUUUUCGCCUAUAAAUUUCGAGGUGCUGAACCGGGAGCAAGAAUUGGAUUAUGGAUCGAUCUCACAAAAACCAAUCGUUAUUACAGUAGAAAAGAAGUGGAGAAACGGAAUUGUAUUUAUAAGAAGAUCCCAAUGAAAGGUCAUGGCGAAGCACCGUCUGUUGCCGAAACGGAACAAUUCUGUCGGAUAGUGCGCGGAUUUCUUCAGGCAAAUCCAAAAGAUGUAGUGGCGGUGCACUGCACUCAUGGAUUUAACAGAACAGGCUUCUUGAUAGCAGCAUAUCUUGCCAGUGCCAUGGAUUGGGCAAUUGAUGCUGCCAUUUAUUCAUUUGCACAAAUGAGGCCAAAUGGUAUUUAUAAGCAGCUGUAUUUGGAUGAACUUAUGCAGAGAUACGGUGAUGAAGAUGAUAGAAUUGAGGCACCACCACGUCCUGCGUGGGAAAAUGGCCCAGUUGAUGGCGAUAGAAUUUCAUUUGACGAUGCUGGCAGUGGUCAGGCUGUCUCAAGUAACAUUGAUGAACGUAUUAGCGAGCCUAAAUUUAUGGAUGGAGCAGUACCUAGUGUUAAAUAUGUAUCAGAUUCUGUGACGAGAACAAUUUUACAAAAUAAGAUUCGAGAUAUGUGUGGUUAUAAAAGAGAUGGUUUUCCUGGCAGUCAACCGGUAUCCAUGGAAAGAGACAAUUUACGUUUUUUGGCUGAGAAGAAAUAUAUGGUCUCUUGGAAAGCCGAUGGAAUCAGAUAUAUGGUCCUUAUCGAUGAUGAGGACUCAAUAUACGCAUUUGAUCGGAAUAAUCAUGUAUUUAAAAUAUCCUGCAUAACAUUUCCGCACAAAAAAGAAUUUCGCCAUAUUCAAAAUACUCUCCUAGAUUGUGAAAUGAUAAUUGAAAAGGUAAAGGGAGAAGCUGGCGACAUUAUCGAUGUUCCAAGAUUGCUUAUCUAUGACAUUAUUAAAUUCGAGGGACAGAAUGUGGGCGAAUGUGACUUCACUACACGUUUGUCAUGUAUUCGGGAAGAUAUAAUUCAACCACGUCGUGAUGCAUUGAGAACUGGUCGUAUCAGGCGAGAGAAGGAACCAAUAAGUAUACGUAAUAAGGAUUUUUGGGAAUUGGAAGCAGUUCGGAAACUGUUUGAUGAAAAAUUUACGAGAAAUGUUGGGCAUGAAAUUGAUGGCUUAAUUUUCCAGUCGGUAAAUGAACCAUAUCGUUGUGGACGGUGUGAUACGUUGUUGAAGUGGAAGCCUCCAUCCCAUAAUUCAAUUGAUUUUCAAUUGAGGAUAAGACGUAUAUCGAAACCCGGUGAAUUGCCAGAACAUAUUGGCUUCCUUUUUGUACAAAAUCAAUCAGAACCAAUGGCUCAGAUGAAAGCUACAAAGAAGUUACUGCCGUAUGAUAAUAAAAUCAUUGAAUGUACUUUCAAAGAUGGCAAAUGGGAGUUUAUGCGUGAGCGUACGGAUAAAAAUUUGCCUAAUUCGAGCAAAACAGCAAAAGCUGUCUAUAACAGUAUCAUUUAUCCGAUUGAUAAGGACUCAUUGAUAGCAUUCGUUGAUAAAAUAUGUAUGCAGAAAACGAGAAGGAGACCUGCUCCACAGUCAGCUGAUAAUGUAAUCCAGAAAAUUCCCAAGACAUAA